CGGAUGGAAACAAGGUGUGUGGACACACUCAUCAUUGAUUAGUGAGUGAGCGAUUACUGUACGCGAUCGAUCGAUCAUUACUCACUCUUCCAAAGUCUCACAGCCUCAGCUCAGCUCAGCUCCCAUGGCGUCGUUCUGUUCCCGUGUAGACCCGGCAUCCAUUUCCGUUUCGACCCAUUUCUCUUCCGCCAGAAAUGCUGCAACUCUCCGUCGCCCACUCCACUAUCUUUCCUCCUUCAACUCCCCUUCCUAUAUCUCUUCUUUAAGAACUUCCACUGCGGCCUUGGGUCCUGUAAUCGCUGCUGCUUCUUCUUCUCCUUCUACUUUCUCAACAUCUCCUUCCGCUACCAUCACUGAAUCUCAAGCUCUCAAGAUCAAUUCGGUACCGACAAAACCAAUACAAGGACAGAAGACUGGAACUAGUGGCCUUCGUAAAAAGACUAAAGUUUUCAUGCAGGAUAAUUACCUUGCAAACUGGAUUCAGGCAUUGUUUAAUUCACUGUCGCCGGAGGAUUAUAAGGACAAAUUGUUGAUUCUUGGAGGUGAUGGUCGAUAUUUUAAUCGUGAAGCUGCACAGAUAAUAAUUAAAGUUGCUGCUGGCAAUGGGGUUGGUCAAAUUAUGGUUGGCAAGGAUGGUAUAAUGUCUACCCCAGCUGUCUCUGCUGUGAUACGAAAGAGAAAGGCUAAUGGUGGCUUUGUAAUGAGUGCAAGUCAUAAUCCUGGUGGACCUGAAUAUGAUUGGGGCAUCAAGUUCAAUUACAGCAGUGGCCAACCAGCACCAGAGUCCAUUACCGACAAAAUUUAUGGAAACACGCUUUCUAUUUCUGAAAUCAAGGUGGCUGACAUUCCUGAUGUUGAUCUCUCUCAACUUGGAAUUAGUAGAUAUGGAGAUUUUAGUGUUGAAGUGGUUGACCCAGUUGGUGACUAUUUGGAGCUAAUGCAGGAAUUGUUUGACUUUUCACUCAUUAGAGGUCUUCUUUCUAAAUCAAAUUUCAGGUUUGUCUUUGAUGCCAUGCAUGCGGUUACUGGUGCUUAUGCCAAACCUAUUUUUGUUGACAUGCUAGGAGCUGGUCUGGAAUCUAUUGCUAAUGGUGUGCCACUUGAGAAUUUUGGAGAUGGUCAUCCAGACCCUAAUCUUACUUACGCCAAGGAUUUGGUCAACAUAAUGUAUAGCAAGGAUGGGCCUGAUUUCGGUGCUGCAAGUGAUGGUGAUGGUGACAGAAACAUGGUUCUUGGUAGGGCAUUUUUUGUCACUCCUUCAGAUUCUGUUGCUAUUAUUGCUGCUAAUGCAAAAGAGGCCAUUCCGUACUUCAAAAGUGGUCUCAAGGGAUUGGCUCGCUCUAUGCCCACUAGUGGUGCUUUGGAUCGUGUUGCGGAAAAGCUAAAUCUUCCAUUUUAUGAGGUCCCAACUGGUUGGAAAUUUUUUGCUAAUCUGAUGGACUCAGGAAACUUAUCAGUUUGUGGGGAAGAAAGUUUUGGGACAGGUUCUGACCACAUUCGGGAGAAAGAUGGAAUAUGGGCUGUUUUAGCUUGGCUUUCAAUAAUAGCAUACAAGAACAAGGAAAAGAAAGCAGGGGAUACAUUAGUUUCUGUAGGUGAUGUUGUCAAGGAUCAUUGGGCAACUUAUGGGAGAAAUUUCUUUUCUAGAUACGAUUAUGAGGAAUGUGAAUCUCAAGGAGCCAAUUUGAUGAUUACAUAUCUGAGAGAUCUAAUUGCGACAAGCAAGGCUGGUGAUAAGUAUGGAAAUUAUACCCUCAAUUUUGCCGAUGACUUUUCUUAUAUCGAUCCUGUAGAUGGAAGUGUUGCAUCAAAGCAGGGAGUGCGACUGGUGUUCACAGAUGGGUCAAGGAUCAUCUUUAGACUAUCGGGUACUGGGUCCGCUGGUGCUACAGUGAGAAUGUACAUUGAAAAAUUCGAGCCUGAUGCGUCUAAGCACGAUGUGGAUGCCCAAACUGCUCUGAAACCAUUGAUAGAUCUUGCCCUGUCAAUAUCAAAGUUGAAAGAAUUUACCGGAAGAGAGAAGCCAACGGUCAUCACAUAAGAAUACUCAACUUUAUAUCAUAGCUGGUUGCGAACUCUCUUUUUCUGUAGUUGUGUCUUCGUGUGUUACACUGUAUACAAAACAUUAUUUUCUCUUCAUGCUGUUGCAUGAUAAGCAGUGUCCUAAAAAGAGGAAAUGGGCGAUUUCUCUUUGCUUUUACAAGUAAAUGUACUUGCCAGAACAUCCCUUCAUCAAUUUUUUAUAUUUUUUAUUUAGUUAUUACCGGUUUUAAUAUCUAGAUAUGCC